AUGACAAAUUCUCCUCUCUUCAAACAACUUCCAGAUAACUACUUACAGUGUCUUUGCUGCAGUCAUUACUGUCAAAUAGCUCCAGGAAAGCUUGGAAAGUGUCGUAUUCGUGGUAACAACAAUGGACAACCAGUUUUACCAACAUACGGAAGGUAUACAGUUGCUAUUGAUCCAAUUGAGAAGAAACCUCUUCAUCACUUCCUUCCUGGAUCCAGUAUUUAUUCAUACGGCACAGUUGGUUGCAAUUUUUCGUGCCAAUUUUGCCAAAAUUCUAGCCUGAGUAUGUGGGGCCUUGAUAUUGAAGAUGUUGGCUGCAUCCAUGAAAGCGAUAUCGGCCGCCUGAAGAAAUUAACACCAGAACGUGUUGUUAGUAGUGCAAUCAAAAAUAGUUGCCAAUCUAUUGCAUCAACAUACAACGAGCCUACUGUUUCGUCAGAAUUUUCUCAUGAAGUCUUUAAAUUAGCCAAAGAGAAAGGCUUAUACACAGUCUACGUCACAAAUGGCUACGAAAGUGUUGAAUGCUUAGAUUAUCUUGCUCCUUACCUCGAUGCAGUCAACAUAGAUCUCAAAUCCUUCAACGAUAAGUUCUACAUGAAGACCUGCGGUGGUCAUCUUGAACCAGUUUGCAACACAAUUCGUCGUUGUUACGCAAUGGGUAUCCACACCGAAGUUACAACCCUCAUUAUUCCAAAGAACAACGAUAGCGACGAAGAACUUACAGCAGCUGCCAACUUUUUGGCGAGUGUUGGAAAAGAUAUUCCAUGGCACCUUUCCGCAUAUCACGAUGACUACAAUUUCGAAGGCUUUGGACGUACACCUCUCGAAACCCUCAAGAGAGCAGCCGCUAUUGGCAAGAAAGCAGGAUUAAAAUACGUAUAUAUGGGUAAUGUCCAAGCUCCUGAGGCCAGAGUUACUCGCUGCCCCAACUGUGGCCAUUUACUCGUCGACCGCAUCUGGUUCGGAACAGAAGUAAAGAUGAAAGGCGGAAAAUGCGAAAAAUGCGGAGAAGUUGUUCCCGGAUUCUUCUCAGAUGCAAACAAUCUCAAGCCAAAACUCACGAGAGUACCCGAUCACCUCCGAAAUCUUUCGAAUUCCCCUGUUACAGCGAAAAUCGAAUCGAAAUUACCUCAAAAGUUCGUUAUUUACGCAACACAGGGCGGCACAUCACAAGAAUAUGCAGAAAAGAUUGCAAUGCAGUUCGGAGUUGAUGCAUUUAACAUUGCAGAUAUUGAUCCAAAUUCUCUUUCAUCAGCAGACGAAAUUGUCUUCGUCCUUUCAACCUACGGAAGAGGUAAUCCACCUCAGCCUGCAACAAAGUUCUGGGAAACCCUUAAAUCCACGGAUAUUGAUAUGAAAAACGUCAAAUUUACAGUUCUCGGCUGCGGAUCGUCCGGAUACAAGAAGACAUUUUGCGGAUUUGCGAAAUCUGUCUUCGAAAGGAUGAAAGAACUUGGAGCACAAGAAUUAGCUCCUCUCUGCACAAGAGAUGAACUUGACGAUGACGAAACAUAUCCAGAAGUUACAAAGUGGAUCGAUGCCCUUAAAUUAUAA